GGAGAAGAGAAAAAGGCGGAGCUGGGAGCCGCGGAGAACGAAGGCAAGGCACCCAAUGCGGUAAAAGCUCUGGAAGCCCACAGAAGGGAAGCAGGCAGGCAGGCAGGCUGGCGGGCGGGCACACAAUGCAGCACUGAGGCGGCGGCGGCUGGAGGAGGCGAAGAUGAUGCACGUCUCCGGCUAAAGGAGGAAAGGUGGCCCCCCGUCCAGACAUGCUGCUCCCUUGGAUGCUCUGCGCCCUUCUGGAGGUGGGCUCCGGCCGUGCAGGAGAUGCCUGGCUGGCGGAGAAGAAGGAGCGCAGGGACAAGGAGCGCUUUGUGGAGAAGCAGGACAUUGUCCCUUUCCGGCUCCUCUUCAGCACUGAGGGAGGCAAUGAGACUCAGCAGGAUGCCCUCAACACCCGCAUCGGGAGCAGCUUCAAUGGGAGGCAGUCCACACAUAUCGCCCGGGCCAGCUUCCAGGUUGAUGCUUUUGGAUCGUCUUUCAUCUUGGAUGUAGAAUUAAACCAUGAUCUCCUGUCUUCGGAAUAUCUUGAGAGGCACAUUGAACAUGGUGGAAAGAUGGUUGAAGUUAAAGGAGGAGAACACUGUUAUUACCAAGGUCAUAUCCGAGGGAAUCUGGAAUCAUUUGUCGCUCUGUCAACAUGCCAUGGACUCCAUGGCAUGUUCUAUGAUGGGAAUCACACGUAUCUUAUUGAGCCAGAAGAAAAUUAUACUUCACAGGAGGAAUUCCACUUACAUUAUGUCUACAAAUCCAGAUUAUUUGAAUUUCCUUUGGAUGAUCUUCCAUCUGAAUUCUGGCAUAUGAAUACCACGUCACAGAGGUUUGUUGUGAAACCAAGACACAAAAGAAGAAAAAGGCAGAUCCAUCAGAGUUCACAUCAGUUUGAAAAUGAUAUGAAAUAUGUUGAGCUAAUGAUUGUAAAUGAUCAUCUAAUGCUGAAAAAGCAUCGAUUAUCUGUCGGCCACACAAACAGCUUUGCGAAAUCAGUAGUAAACAUGGCAGACAUAAUUUAUAAAGAACAGCUGAAGACCAGGAUAGUAUUGGUUGCCAUGGAAACCUGGGGUACGGAUAAUAAGUUCACCAUCUCCGAAAACCCACUGGUGACUCUGCGUGAAUUUAUGAAAUAUAGGAGGGAUUUUAUCAAAGAGAAAAGUGAUGCAGUUCACCUUUUUUCGGGGAGCCAGUUUCAGAGCAGCCGCAGCAGUGCAGCCUAUAUUGGGGGCAUUUGUUCAUUACUAAGAGGUGGCGGAGUGAAUGAAUUUGGAAAGGCAGAUUUGAUGUCUGUUACUUUGGCACAGUCCUUGGCUUACAAUCUUGGCAUUUUCUCAGACAAGAGAAAACUACAGAGCGGUGAUUGCAAGUGUGAGGAUACCUGGUCUGGGUGCAUAAUGGGAGACAUUGGCUACUACAUUCCAACUAAAUUCUCCAAAUGUGACAUUGAGGCAUAUCAUGAAUUCUUAAAUAAUGGAGGCGGAGCAUGCCUUUUCAAUAAGCCCUCCAAGCUCCUGGAUCCUCCAGAAUGUGGCAAUGGUUUUGUUGAAGCUGGAGAAGAGUGUGAUUGUGGUUCUGCAGCAGAAUGUCUCGUUGAAGGUGGCGAGUGCUGUAAUUCUUGCACCUUAACUGCUAACUCUCAGUGCAGCAAUGGACUUUGCUGUACAAAAUGUCAGUUUGAGGCCAAAGGAGUGAUUUGCAGAGAAGCUGUAAAUGGCUGUGAUAUUCCAGAGAGUUGCACAGGAGAGUCUGAUCAGUGUUCUCCAAAUCUGCACAAAAUGGAUGGGUAUUCAUGUGAUAAUGAGCAAGGCAUUUGUUUUGGAGGACGAUGCAAAACAAGAGACAGACAGUGUAAAUAUAUUUGGGGAGAAAAAGCGAAUGCUGCUGACAAAUACUGCUAUGAGAGGCUGAAUAUAGAGGGCACUGAGAAAGGUAACUGUGGCAGAGAGAGAGAUACUUGGAUACAGUGCAAGAAUGAAGAUGUUCUUUGUGGAUAUCUUCUGUGCUCCAAUAUCGACUCAAACAUCCCAAGACUGGGAGAGCUUGACGGUGACAUCACAUCAACAUCUCUUCAAAAUUUAGACAAGUCCUAUGUUUGCAGUGGUGCUCAUGUUAAGCUAGAAGAAGAUGCAGAUCUUGGCUACGUAGAAGAUGGGACACCUUGUGGCCAUGGAAUGAUAUGCUGGGAACACAGAUGUCUUUCUGUGGAUUCUUUUAACUUCAGUUCCUGCCCAGGAAGUACAGGAGGCAACAUUUGUUCAGGACAUGGAGUUUGCAGUAAUGAAAUACAAUGUAUCUGCGACUCAUUCUGGUCAGGUGAAGACUGCAAUAAACAUGUUGGAGGACCAAUUGGUAGAACAGAUCUGGAUUCUUCAAGUGUCACUAGCACAAAUAUCAUUAUAGGAGCUAUUGCUGGUACCAUUUUAGUGUUGGCGCUGAUUCUGGGCAUAACUGCAUGGGGUUACAAAAACUAUCGAAGACAGAGACAAAUUCCUCAGGGAGAUUAUGUUAAAAAGCCUGCUGAGGCCGACUCCUUGUAUAGCGGCAUGGGUCCUGGAGUCAGCACAAAUUCUGCAUCUAGUUCUAAGAAGAGGUCUGCUUUUCUGUCGCAUUUUCAGAUUUCUACCUGUUCCAUCACACAUUAUUCCAUUAGUCAGAACCUUUCAUUGUUUUGCAGCAGGUCAAACGGAUUAUCUCAUUCAUGGAGUGAAAGAAUCCAAGAUGCAAAGAAUCUUUCAGACAUCUGUCAAAACGGGAGACCAAGGAGUAACUCGUGGCAAGGUAAUAUAGGAGGCAACAGAAAGAAAGUCAAAGGCAAAAGGUUUAGGCCACGCUCUAAUUCAACCGAGUAUUUAAAUCCAUGGUUCAAAAGAGAAUAUAAUGUAGCUAAGUGGGUAGAAGAUGUGAAUAAAAACACUGAAGGACCCUACUUUAGGACUCUUUCUCCUGCAAAGUCCCCAUCGUCAUCUACUGGUUCCAUUGCCUCCAGCAGAAAAUACCCGUAUCCAAUGCCUCCACUUCCUGAUGAAGAGAAAAGAGCCAACAGAGUAAGUGCCAGGCUAUGGGAGACUUCCAUUUAGUUUCACUGUCUACCUGAGCUGACGCCAAGAACUGUUUACUUCAAAUUUUAUACAAACUCAGCAACACUGAGUCACUGAACAUUCAUCUGCUAAGUGGACAUUUGGACAGCACAGCGAUGCUGCUCAGCAAGCCACCUCCUGAUGAAAGAAAAGUCCAUUUUCUGCAGCUGUUUGAAAUGUUACCAAUUACAUAUGAAGAACAAACCAACCAUUUCAACAAAAAGUAACCUGGGAUGUAUGGGCCUGACUAUGAUAAGUUUAUUCCGCAUGACGACAGAUGAUAUGUAGACAUUCAGUUAAAACUAAUUGGAGUCCCAAAAGUGUUUCCCCCUCUGGUCUAACAGUCUCAACAUGAAAGAUAAAUCAGAAUUUGGUAUGUAAACAUUUAUGCUGUAUGCAUGAACCCCUCUGUUUGCCACUUUCCAUAUGUAAGGGAUUAGUAAUUAUACUGUAGAAUUAGCAUGCAGGAAUAAGAGAUUUGUUUUCCAUGAGUGGGAUCUGAAGAGGCAAACAUCUUUGGCAUAAGCAUCAAUUCACCCAAAGAGACUUCAAAAACUUUUUGUGAUUAUAUUCUCAUAAAAAUCCAUAUAAAUAUUUUUUAAAACUGUAAAAUAUCAACACUUCUGUUAUGUAGUGUGGUGGGUUUUGUUUUUCAUUUUUCUUGAAGGGCACUUAUGACUGAACAUUGCAUGUCAGAGAAUCUAAGGGUCUAACUACACAAGGCAUAAGAAAAGGACUGUAGGUGAUUGGCAAAGCAUAAGCUUUGCAUGGAAAUUGUCCAUAUUCAGCCCUUGGCGUCUCCAGCACGGACUGGGAAAGCCAUCUUUCUGAAAGCCUGGUGAACCAAUUCCAGUGUAGUGUAGACAAUAUAUUUUAAAGAUGGUCCAGUGGUCUUAUUUAGCAUAAGAUACCAUUAUAUGAUUAAACAGCAUCAGGUUUAGUAGCAGUUGCAAAGUGGAGAAGAUUCAAAGUUUGACUGCAAUGCUAAGUUUUCACCCCCAUUUUCUCCAUAUUGGUUCCUGCUGUCACAUGACUUCUAUGCAGAAGUUGAUGAAUGACCUUGUUUUGGUUCCAAGGAAAUGAACUAAUACAAAGGGUCUAGAAUGCUUUCCUGGAUCUGCGUAGAACAGGAAUCCCAGUGAAGAAAUGUAGUCAUCCCUCCCGCUGAAUACACUUGGACUCAAAUAGAGUUUGCCUUUGCCUUCAUGAAUGGAACAACUACAACUAAUGUGACAGUGGCCAAAGUGGCAUAUUUGCUUCUAUGUACAUCCUGUUUUCUGAAAUCUGGCUAUCUAGAACUUCCAUGUUUAAAGGAUAGCACCCUUUGUCCUGUUCACUGGCACAGUAUUGCAUAAAUAGCACAAUGUUUGGAAAAACAGGAGGUGUCCUUUGAAUGGUUUGAUUGAAUUUUGAGGGAUAAUUAGAAAGUACAAGUAGAACAGCACAGGAGAUGCGCCAUCAGUGUACUAUACAAGUAUUUAUUACAAAAUGAUGUAUGUAUGUACAUACGUUGAUAACAAUCCUUAUGGGUGAAACCCUUCACCUGAGCUUAUUGCAGUUGGGUGGGGAUUUUUGGGUUGUUUUUAUAAACAAAGGGAACUUUGUGAUGGCGACAUAAUGUUGCCAGUGUAACAUAAUGUUCCCAUUCAUUACAUGAGCCUCAUUAUUCCCCCUGUGACACAAAACUGCAGGAGAUAGAUAUGUGAAAGGGAAGAGGGAGGAAUAUUUUCAGAGCCUUUGAGGGUGCAAUCCAGUACUCACUUGCUUGAGAGUAAUAUCCCUUGAACUCAGUAGGGCUUACUUUUGAGUAGACAUGCAUAGGAUUGCUCUGUAAAUUUCUUCAAUUAUCACUGUUCCAAUCAAGCUUGCAAGGUCUUCUUCUUCCUAAUUUCAUUUCAAAAUGAAUGCAGCAUAAAAUAGUUAUUUUAACUUUGUUGUAAUUCUGUGGUGCAAGAUUUUCUUCCUAUAAUACCCAAUGGGCAUUCUUUUUAAUGUUGAGUUCUUUGUAGUAGCAGAAUUUUUAGUGUAGAUAUGCUUGAAGUAGAGUAUUGAGAGUGAUGUGCUAUAUUCCUAUUAUGACAUUAAGAACAUAAGAAGAGCCGUGUUGGAUUAUACCAAGGUGCUGUCUAGUCCUACUUUCUGGCUGCACAGUUGACCAUCUAUGAGAAGAAAUCUGGGCAAAAUAUUACCAAUUAGUACCCAGGCUAAAAAGACACCACCAGUCAGUGGUUCCCAAGCUUUAGUCCUCCAGGUGUUUUGGACUUCAACUCUCAGAAAUCCCAGUCAUUUUACCAGCUGUUAGGAAUUGUGGAAGCUGAAGUCCAAAACAUCUGGAGGAUCAAAGGUUGGGAACCACUGAACAUGGAUUCAAGGGCUUGUUUCUUCCUUUUGGGAACUGAGAAAUAAAAUCUCAUAGUCUAAAACAAUGUUAGGCAUAUAGUAUCAUCCUGUAGUUUGACAAUAACAGAGCGGAAAUGUAAAUCUGUAUUUCUGAUUCUUCUACCUCUUUCACACAAUUCCUUUAAUAGAUGUGUUGCCAUGCAUGAACUUCCUUCAUGUAGCUGGACUUAUAUGGAAAAAACCCAUUUAUAUGAGAAUGUCAGUUCUACGAGAAGCUAAAGUUAUGGUACUUAUAAGGGUAUCUCCAAUUGUAAAAUAUGUAAGACUUUGAAAAUAUUAUAUUUAUAAGACUUGGCCAGUUAUAUUUAUACAAUACUGGCUCUGCAGUCAUGAAUAUCCCUAUAAGAGGCAUAACAUUUUGGUAAGUAUUUUGAUUUGUAAUGAAUAAGAAAGAGAGAAGACACAGAAAUUCCCAUGUAAGAAAAUAUCUGAAAGGGUAUAAAAAUCUAUCUAUCUAUCUAUACAUAUAUAUAUAUACACACACAAACACAUACAUACAUAUAUAUAUUAAAAAGUCUAAUUUUGUGAAUUUAUAAUUAAGUCAGGAUUUUGUUGGGUGAAUACUUAUAUAAGCCAGGAUUUUGGUCUGGAGAAAAGCUGUAGCUUCUUUCUUCUAGUAUCAAUUUCAAUUGAUUUUGAAUCAACUUCUGGAACAUUUCUCCUCAAGCUGAAGGAAGUUAAAUGACCAACUCAAUUUCUAUUGUUGAUUAACAGCCUGUCCCCUUAGCUUUUUAGAUGCAAUAUCUAGGUGUUUAUCAUGUGCCUUUUUGGAUCUUUUUAUUUGAUACAAAUCUCUGUGUUGUUCAGUAUAUACUGGUGAUGUUUUCUUUAUUUUCUUCCAUCCAUCUAUUAUUUUCAGAGUUUUGAGAAGAGUGAAGACCCCUCUUUUUGAUAGACAAAGCUGAAUGUGUUAUGGUAGUUGAGGUCCUUUAAAGCAUUCAUUGAGAAGUUGAGCUUCUGUGUCGAAAAUGACAUUGCUGGCCACUACUAAUGCUUGUAAAUAUUCAGUCACUUGGUCAUCUUAAUGUAAAAUUAAAAAUAAUUUUAAUAAAUUUCUGCUUUUACUUUUGUGGUCUAGUACAGGAUUUCUAAGUUUACAAAGGUGAUUUUCCUUGGUAUGUGAAAGGAUGAAGAAUGCACAUCAAUAGGACAGGAAGGGAGAAUCUGGGGUCAAGAAUGUUGUGUUUUGAAAGGAUCUAAAAGUAAGAUAUUAGCAAGUUUGUGUAUGUGGAUUGUCCCUGGAGACAAUGUCUUAUGAAUGUGGAUUGUCCCUGGAGAUUAGUUAUUUUGGUUUCAACUAGAGCAGUGGUUCCCAACCUGCGGUCUGUGGACCACCAGUGAUUUGUAAGAAUGAAAAUAUGGUCCCCAACCUCACCAUUAUACCAUUGCCUCGAAACCACAUGGCAACGAGAGUGACUGGUCUUGCAAAACACUCUUAUAGUGCUGAGGCAACAGGGAUGUUGGGAGGGGAGGGGCUGACUACCCAUGAAAGAUUGCUACUACCACAUUGGCUCUAGAUUAUUAAAUAUGGUUUUCUGUGGACGAUUACUGGAUAGCAUAUGUUCUGUAUCAGAAACUAGAGCUGAUGUGGUCUGUACAAUGCAAUUUUCUCCAAACAAUCAAACUAAAUCUAAAGUUGACCUAAAACUGAUUUGUAACCCUUUUGGUACUAAUGUUGGAGAAUGGUCCUUGACCAAAGUGGUCCCUGAUCAAGUGGUCCCUGGUCAAAAAAUGUUUGGGAACCACUGAACUAGAGAGAUUACAGCUCCCACAAUCUACCAUGAAGAAGAUACACAAACCUUAGAUAUAUAAGACAGAUGUGUGUAAUAGAAAAAUUCUGUUUGUCUUCAACAGAUGACCCUAUUAAACUUGGUCUGAGCACAGGGAGAGAUAAUACAAACCUCUUUACAAUACUUCCAUUUCUAUAAUUCGAAGGCUGUCUGCUUCUCUUCCAGCACCAUAAAUUAGAGGAAAGAUGUGUUUUGGACUUUAUUCUUUCUAUUCUCUUGAAUGUUUUGUACUUUUUUGGUGUGUUACAGAUAAUUUUACUUUGUGUUUCGCAUUUGGAUAACUGCUAUGUCUCUAACUGCGCAAAAUAAAAUUGACAAUGGGUUGGAAUAUGCAUUAAGCCCAUGCCUCUUCCAUCUCAUUGUGCUCAGGAUGAUUUUAAAUUAUUUCAUUUGUCCAAAGCAGCUUGCAUCAUAAGUGUUUGAAACAGGCAAAUGUAAUUGAAUUUUUUAACCAGAUUUAUUCACGAUCUAUAGUGGCAUUCUUUUUUUGAAGUGUAGCAUUUAUCUAUUUAUUCAUAUAAUUAAUUAGUUAUAUUGUAUAGCUUACAAUUUCAUUUCUAUGAUAUUUUUUGGUUCUCUCUCAAAAAUAUUUGAUGGUAGUUUUGUGUGUGUGUAGGAUUUUAAAAAAAGGUUUUGUAUCACCUAGUUUGGAUAGUUUUUCUGUUAUAAAGAAAUCUGUGAAGUCGUCUUUGAGAAUGGCCCCUAGAUACACUCCUUAUUGUGGUGUAUGGAGAGCUAUUCCAAAGAUUGAAGGUAUGUUGUAACAUAGGAAGUGCCUUAAGCCUUGGAAUUGCUUCCUCUUGUACUGGUUGCACACAGAAUGGACUAUUUUGUCCACAGAUAAAUAGAGAAAAGAGUGAUAAUGAUUCCUAUGUUAAAACCUUUAUAGCAGUGGUUCUCAACCUGUGGGUCUCCAGGUGUUUUGGCCUACAACUCCCAGAAAUCCCAGCCAGUUUACCAGUGGUUAGAAUUUCUGGGGGUUGAAAGUCAAAACCUCUGGGGACCCACAGGUUGAGAACCACUGCUUUAUAGCAAUCCUAUACAUGUUAAACAAACAUUAAAUUUCACAGUGAUGGGGCAUAUUUCUAUGUAAGUGUCCAUAAGAUUGCAGGCUUACAUUACUAGUGUAAAGGCAACAAUAGUGUAAAUGGGUUUGUUAGCAUUUUUAAGAACUGCUAGAGCCAAGACUAACAUUCAAGAAUAUGUUUAAUCAUUAUUUGGGGGGGGGGGGAUCCAGUUCUUUUCCAGCUAGUGUUACCUAGAGCAAGAGAAGAGUUGAGGAGAACUCAUAAUUUUGCACAGUUUUGUAUCACUAUGCUUGUUCUCACAAAAUGGUCUUCCCUAACUUUGUGUACAUUCAUAUAUUAUAAUGGCUAGCUUCAUUUUUUAUUUAUUUUUAAUACCAGUUACUUCCUGAAACACUUUUAGAACAUUGUAAUAGCAUUUACAUCCCCUUAAUCUAUUUUAUUUCUUAGCCAUAAAGUGAUUUAUAUUUGUUUGCUAUUGAGAAUAAGAAAGUUGUUAUUCA